AUGAGCUGCACCCUUAGCCUGGAGCCCCCUCAGAUCCUGCAGCACCCCAAGAUCCUGGAGCCCCCCCAGAGCCUGGAGCACUCCGAGAUCCUGGAGCACCCCCAGAGCCUAGAGCACCUCAAGUCCUGGAGACCCCCAAAUCCUGGAGUACCCCCAAAAUCCUGGAGCACCCGAGAUCCUGGAGCACCCCCAAGUCCUGGAGCACCCCUGGAUUCUGGAACACCCCCGGAUCCUGUAGCACCCCCAGAGCUGGAACACCCCCAGACCCUGCAGCACUCCAAGACCCUGGAGCCCCCCCGGAUCCUGGAGCCCCCCGAGAUCCUGGAGCCCCCCGAAGCCCUGGAGCCCCCCCGAGUGACCCCGGCCCCCUGCGGGGGGGUCCCCGCGGAGCUCCCGCCCCCGAGGCGCCGCUGCGUGUCCGUCCUGGAGCCCGGCACGGCCUGGGAUGAGGAGGAGGAGGGGGAGGAAGGGCGCGGGGUGUCCCUGCGGAGAGCCGGGGCGCCCCUGGAUCCUUUCCGCCGGCACAGCUGGGAGCCGGGCCGGGACCCGCGGGGCAUCCCGGGCUACGAGCACCUCAGAUCCUGGAACACCCCCAAGUCCUGCAGCCCCCCGAAAUCCUGGAGCACCCCCAAGUCCUGGAGCACCCCCGGAUCCUCUUUGGGGGUGUCCCCCCCUCGAGAGCCAUUUUGGGGUUGUCCCCUCCUCGGGACCCGCUUUGGGGGUGUCCCCGAGCUGACGGUCCCCGUUGUCCCCCAAACCCAAACUGGGAUCCAUCCCUGCCUCGGGGGGGACACCCCCAAUUCCCUGCUCACCCCUCGGGCCCCACUUUGGGGAUGUCCCCCAUCCUCGGGCCCCGUUUUGGGGGGUGUCCCCUCCCCUCGGGGACCCACUUUGGGGGUGUCCCCCCCUCGGGUCCCGCUUUGGGGGUUGUCCCCGGCUGACGGUGCCCGUGUCCCCCCCAGCGGGAGCCCCGAGCAGCCGGGGGGGCUGUGCCGGCCCCGCCGCGACCCCCGCAGAGCCCCCCUGGUGCACAGCAGCGACGAGCUGGACUCGCUGCUCUGGCAGGACGAGGAGGAUGAGGAGGAGGACGAGGCCGAUGUCAGGCGGGCACAGGAGGACGCGCGGAGGCUCCGGGGCUGGUCCCGCUUCAAAUCCGCGUCCCUCGGUGUCAUCGCCAGCGUCCCCGGUGAGGCCGCGGCCGAAAUCCCCCCGUUCGCCUCCCAGCAGAGCCUGCUCGGCGGCGCCGGGAGCCGCGAGCGGCUGGCGGGGAGGCGGGGACCCCCCCGGGCCGGGAAGGGACCCCCCUGGACAGGACCCUCAGCUUCAUCCGCAGGAUGA